AUCAGGUUUGCAGAUGGAGUUCCUGAUGUUAAACAAGAAAAAAUGGGUGAAGCUGAAAAAAGUGACUGUAAAUAUGAAGAAAUUGUGAACUGUGAAUUGCUAUCAGGAUUGCCAUUGCGUGCCCCAAAAGUAAAUGACCUCAGUGAAGCUACAGUGAUGCAACCCCAGACAAAUGAUUGCAGGUUUUCAGGAAAAAAUUCUUUACUGCCAUUGCCAAAUUAUGGAGAUUUCAAGCCGCGGAAGAUGGAGAAAAAUGCGAUUGCUUCUCCUUCAGUCCAGCAGAUCCUUGAGAUGAUUGAAUUGCCCCGUAAAUAUUGCAGACUUUAUUUCAUGACUUUACGUGGAUGUGAAAGAGCAAAAUGUUGGUUUUGGCAUGUUCCUGAGCAAGGAGAUGAAAAGCCAUCAGUAGAUGUUCUUCUGAAAGUUUUUGAGCACGUGGCUUCUUUGAAUAUAAGAGACGCUGUCCCCACCUUAAUCAGUACCUUUCGUAAGCUCACUGAUGCUGGUAUGUGCCUCAAGUUUGAACAUUUCGACUGUAUUAUUAAGUUCCUUCAUCAACUGCAGGUUUCCAGUCAGGAAAUAAAUACUGUUUUGAGCAUAAAAUCCAGAUUUCAGGAAGGAUAUUUUGAAAAGAACUGGCUUUUUGAUUUCAUCUUGGCAGUUGCUGAAAUCCAGCAUUGCAAAGAAAAAAGUGACUGGACCAAGCUGGGAGCUUUGUAUGUUACCGCGAGAAGUGGAUGUGAAGAUUCUGAUGACCUUCAGAAAUUGUCUUUAUGUAUUGCUAAAAUACUAACCAGAGAUUCUGAGACAGAUAGUCCAGGAGUUCCUUUUUGUGAUUUUGCUGAUGCAGUAAUAGAAAAUUCACAACAUAAUGGAGCAGACAGAAUUUUCAUUGGAAGGAUUGGGAUAAGUGCAAUGUAUUCUUACCACAAAUUACUGCAGUGGAUAAAGGGAAGGAAGGUUUUGGAUAAAUUGCAUGAGCUACAGAUACAUUUUACAGUCUUGAAAGGACUUAUAGGUGAAGAGAGGUUAGCAUCAAGAUGUCAAAUUGUUAAUAAAGCUGCAGAAAUCUUUCUUAAAACUGGAAGUUUGGAUGGAGCAACAUGGGUAUUGAGAGAGUCAAAGUGGACCACAAAUGCACCGUUGUGGCCCUGUGAUAAAACGGACAUCCUGUGCCGACAAAAUCUCUUGCGCACACUAGUGCACAAAUACCUGAGGAACAGUUUAUACAGGCAGGCAUUUGAAGUUCUGCAGAACUUGCCAGGUUUCCAACAUUGUUCUGAUGCUGUAGAUGUUUCUCAGUACAGAUGCCUUUUUAACAAGCUGAUAAGUGCCUGUUUUGAGAGCAACAACCUUGGAGUCUCAUCUUCUGCAGUAGACUUCAUGCUUUCAAAAAACAUAGCUAUUGAUUUUUUUUUACUUAGAGGCUUAAUCACAGCUUUGGGAAGAAGUUCUUUGUGGUCUAAGGCUAGGACCUAUUACAAAAGUGCUUUAUCGUUGGGUUGCUACCCACCACUGAAGGGAAAUUUCUAUCACAAACUUCUGAUGAUUCCGUCUUACCUGUCUGAGGUUGAGAUGCUGUUGACCAUUGAAAGAUUUCUUGUUUCAAAUGCCAAGGAUAUUCAAAGUCCAAUGCCUACUAGUCAGACUCUUCAAAUAAUACUCAAAAGAUGUGAAGAUCAGACAGUUCAGAAUAACAGUAACUAUCAAGCAGCAGUGGAGAGACUGAUCCUGGCUGCUCGUGUAUCUGAUCCAAAGCUUUUUCUUAAGCAUAUGACAAUGAAUGUUAAUAUGGAGGAAGUUUACAGCUUGGAGCUUACAUCUGCUCUAAAAUGGCUUCAGGAGAAUAUGAAAUGGGCUGGGAAGGUCUGGCUGUUUCCAUAG